UGCUUCUGUUUUAUGUUUUGGUGUUUUGGUGGGGAGGCAUGUGGGAUCUUAGUUCCCUGACCAGGGAUCAAACCCCACACCCCCUGCAUUGGAAGGUGAAGUCUUAACCACUGGACCACCAGGGAAGUCCCCCAUUCUUCCCUUUGCUCACUGCUCUUCCGCUGCUCUGUCUGCCUUCCUGCUCCUGGAAUAUGCCAAGCACUCCUGCUUCAGGGCUUUUGCACUUGCUUUUUUCUCUACUUGGAAUGUUCUUCUCCCAAGUAUCUGUAUGUAUGUCCUUCAUUUCAUUUUGAUUUUUGCUCAGCACCUCUGUGGAAAGGCCUUCACGAUCAGUCUGACUAAAAUCACAUCCUCCAUCAUUCCUGAUCCAUACCAUGCUUGAUUUUCUUCACUUUUUGAGAUAUUAUGCAUCUCUAUUUGUUUGUCUGUCUCUACAAAAUACAAGCUCUGAGGGCAGGAAUUGUGUCUUUUUAUUCACUGCUGUAUUUGCACACCUUGGAAGGGGGCCUGGCAUAAUAGGUGCUCAAUAAAUAUUUGUUGAAUGAACUGUUCUCAGCAGGAUAGAUUGGAGCCUGUCUCUUUUUCAAGAUUUGAGGCCUGGACGCUUAAGUGCAGUUAAUGAAAUCCAAGAUCAUUUCCCUGUUUUUGUCUUGUUUUGUUCUUCAAUGAUUCGGGGAGCUUCCACUUUCCUCUUUCAUCCCGUUGACAAUAUCUGCCUUGUAGGCUGCGGGCCUCCCGGGUGCUUCUUGUUGGCAUGAAGGGACUCGGGGCUGAAAUCGCCAAGAAUCUCAUCCUGGCUGGAGUGAAAGGACUGACCAUGCUGGAUCACGAGCAGGUAUCUCCAGAAGACCCCGGAGCCCAGUUCCUGAUCCGUACUGGGUCUGUUGGCCGAAACAGGGCCGAAGCCUCUUUGGAGCGCGCACAGAAUCUCAACCCCAUGGUGGAUGUGAAGGUGGACACUGAGAAUAUAGAAAAGAAACCUGAGUCGUUUUUCACCCAAUUUGAUGCUGUAUGUCUGACUUGCUGCUCCAGGGAUAUCAUAAUUAAAGUUGACCAGAUCUGUCACAAAAAUAGCAUCAAGUUCUUUACGGGAGAUGUUUUUGGCUACCACGGAUAUACAUUUGCCAAUCUCGGAGAGCAUGAAUUUGUAGAGGAGAAAACCAAAGUUGCCAAAGUUAGUCAAGGAGUAGAAGAUGGACCUGAUACCAAGAGAGCCAAACUUGAUUCAUCUGAGACAACCAUGGUCAAAAAGAGACUAAAGAGAACACGCCUGCAAGACUUACCUGCGCUGUGGGCCACAGAUUUGCACCUCUGGUGUAUGGAGCAGCAUCAGAAAGGCUGUUUUUGA